AUUAAUUUUCGAUCUUUUUGUGUCAAAAUUCCAUUCGAACAUGUGGUUCAAAUUUUAACAUGAAAAUAGGAUUCGAAUAACAAAUAGGCCUAGAUUAGUUUUAUAUCGUUAUCGCAAUGUGCCAUUCUCUCGCCUUUAGGAAAGUUCGGUCAGUCUCGGAUAGGUAGGUACUGAAUUGGUAGGUACCUAUCUUCCUAGGGGUAUUUGCGUGUGAGAGAGAAUGUUUUAACUCGUGCAUAAUUGUACUAGCCUUCUAACGCGAUAAAAUUGUAACAGAAAAGUACCAGACCAUCGAAUGCAACGAGUACCAACGAGAAACGAACGAGAUAACGAUUACUCUUCAGCUGCUACAAAGUACCAGAAUUGCUUAGCAUUAGAAAUAAAACAUGUUACAACUAGAUUUACGUUCAAGUACGUUGUAUUGCUAUGGCAAGGCAGGGUUUGAGUAAUAAAGGCCGCUAAAUUAUUUUCCCCUCUCCCGCAUAUGUUCGAACACCCGAGUGUUUGAAAUAUGCCUUAGUAUUAGUAUGUGUUUUUAUAAUAAAAUCACCAGAAAAUCAAAUAAAAAAAAAAAAAAAUUACGUGUAGAAAAAUCGACACUCGCGUCGACUAAAUUCCAAGAAUCGUAGGAUAUUUUUCUAGAUAUUGUUAUUGUGAUGUCGAGUCGCCAUUUUGUAAUGCUUAUCUCUAUUGUCUAUUUCCAAACGAUCGCAGUGUUUUGAUACAAGCUCUUUGAGUAUUCUUUCUACUUUCAUUCGAUGAACAUCGUUGAUUUUGCGUCGCGUAAUUUUUCAUCUAUUUAUGCUUUGUUUUUUGCGAUUUUUAAUUCGAAUAAAUGAUGCGAUCGUGUAAUUAAUGAGUAAUUGAUUAACGUAAAGGAUUUUGUGGAGUUAAGUGCGAUUUAUUCGUGUUAUUGUUCGAUUUCGGUAUCUCAUCAGAUCCAGCCGAAUACGUUAUCUUUGUUUACCUUUUGGAAUCGCUUGUUUUCGUAUUGAUAUUUACUAUGACUUCGAUUGAGAAUAACAUGUACGCGAGUUGUCUCGAGGGACACGUACAUCCUCUAAAGAAUCAACAAAUGCAGAAUAUCGCUGCUCAUACUUGCACAGCAGAUGACCUUGAUCUACGAGUAAUGUACGUACGUGGAAAACAGCAGCGGACAUUAUUGAUUGUUUUCCAAGAGGUCACCUGUCCGAUUAAAACAACCAUUCGCCGCUAUAUCGAUCGUCUCAAUCUUCAUCCUGAACUGGCAGAGUACUACAGAGAGAGCGAAUUUCAACGAAUCGAGCUGUAUAUCAGAGAGUAUCUCUUAACCAUCUUGGCUGCUGAUCUGAUAAAAGGUUUCAAGCGCUGCGUCAUAUCCGAUCCGGCUCCGAGGCUAUCUGAACAGGUGUCUUCCGUUGCGGUUGAGAUCAUCAAUUUACGAUCGUUCUUAGUUGACUCAAUCACCUCGCUUUGGGUACCUCCGCCUCCUCUCGCUCGUCCGAAUCUUUCGAUAAAUAUACGAAGAGCCUUCUCCGUUGACGAUUUGAAUCUGCCACCGUACGUAAUUCCCGCCGUUCAUGUCGAAAAUGCUGAGGAAGUCAUCGCUCCUAUUCGAAUUCCAGCAAACGAUAACGUCGCAACUGCUCAGUCCGCCGAAGAGAACUCCGAUAAUGUUUUUGAUACGACUGAUGGUGACGAUGACGAUGUGUUCGAAUCAAACUUCGAGAAAUUAAAUAAGACAUUCCACGAUCUCAACGUUACUCUUUCCGAAGACGAUGUUCGAAUGAUCAAUUCAACGAAACGAGAAUUAUUCGUCAGCCUUACCCGAUGUGAUACGAAGAAAUCUGAGCUGAAAAGCCCAGAUGAAAGUUUGCCAGAAGCCAAACGUCAUGAGCCCGAAGUGUUGCCUAAGCCACCGAAAUCAGUAACAUUUCACUUUGCUGAAGGUGAACUACCAUCUCAUCGAUUAGUCACGCCCGACGAACCGCUACCUUUCACUCUUGAAAGCAUGUUGGCCCAAUUGAAGGCGAAUUCGGAUAGCGCACCUUCAACUUCAUAUUUGGUACCUCCAGUGAUUGCAUCCUCAAGUGAUCACAUCUUCGUUCGACCGCCGCCUUCAGAUGCUGAGAAUGAAAAAUGCAACGAUAAAUCCGAGAGUUCACCUGAUAACAAGAAGCCUGUCGAUUCGAAUGAUGUUGAAAAUGUAGUCACUGAUAGAUCUAGUAAUUCGAAUGUUCCAGCGGUGAUUCCUGCAGCAAUUCCAGUCAUCCCUACCAACGAUCGUGCUUAUCUUCGAGUAACUUUUCCACGGUUCAAUUACGCCGAAAUCGAUGGCAAACAAUACUUCGCUCGUGAUCUUAUCGAUUCGGACAAAAUCCCAGAGCAGAGAUUCAAGACAUACGUUCCGCCUUUUUAUCCGAGAAAUUAUAUACUUAUGGCAUUCGAAUGGAACGGUCCAGAUUUUUCUUCACUCUACUUACGUCUCUGGAAUGGCCUCAAUAGAGGGACCACCGUUAAUUACCAUAUUGUGGUACCGAUUUUUCCACGUUAUGUGCGUAGACAGACGUUUGAAUGGCCUCGUACCCGAGUUGAAGCUUUAUGCUGGAGGAACCAUUUGAACUUUGUGCGGAAAACGGUUUCUGAAGAAAUUUUUCCUCACGAGUAUGUCGAUUUCCCGAGAUGGAGCUACGAAGACAGGAACUUGGAGGUGAAUCAUCUUCUUACCAUACUCGGUAACGUACGUGGCCAGGAAUUGGAAAUAAUAUUUGAUGCGACGUUGCCAGUUUCGUUAAUCAGCCAAGACGCCGUCGACAAUUUAACACCUUUUGUCGAUUUUCAAUUCACCGAGUUACAACAUCCACGCGCCACGUACGUACCGUGGAAGGAUUUUGUUCGAGUGCUUUCUCACAAACGUACUACCGUUCCUAUUCGAUUAACCCCUAAUAUCAGAUGGCAUGUCGAAGAAGAACAUUUGUUCAAUUGUUACGUCGCCGAUUUCCCUGUAUCCAGAGGACGUGAUCCAAAGUUAGGAACGAUAAUUCUCGGAAGACAAUUGAUUCCGCACAUUAAUCGAUUUGACCCAGAUAAAUUGGAUAUGUCGAUCAUGGGUCCUGAGGAGAAUCGAAGGUUGCGAUCAAUUCGUUGUAAAGAAAAAGUCCCAGAAAUUCGAAUUAGGGGAUUAAUGCGAACAUUACGGGAAGCGACUCCUGAUGACAUCAAGGCUGAAUUCGAACCUGUUCAGAAUUAUUGCAUCGAGAAGAUAAAAGGUUGCCGUUAUGACGAAGAUUAUGUCGACUUUUAAUUCGAUUUUUGUAUUUCUUCUUCUCGUGUAUUUGUACGUGUUCCUCGUGAAAAUUGUGAAUUUUGUGUACUGUUUAUCGAUUGCGACUAAACCUACCCGGAUAUGACUCUGUAAAUAUUUUAUUUUUCUUUUUUCUUUUUUAUUCGAAUUAUUGUUAUUGGUGUUUAGUUCGAUUUGUUUUGUUUUGUUUUUGUUUAAAAAUCUGAUCAUUGAAUAAUUUUUCCUUAUGAAGGUUUUGUAAAAUAGUUUAUUAGAUUUUUCAUUUGUCAUUCGAUUUAUCAUAUCAGUAGAAAAAUUAUUGUAUUUCUGUUUCUUACUUGUGUAGUCUAGCUUUUCCUUUUCCUACUCGGCGAUUUCUUCCUUGUCGGGGGGAGAGUUUAUGUAGUAUAAGUACCCCUUGCUAUCAUGGGAUAGACUGUACUUACUACAUGAAUUCGAAGAGCUUACGUCAGAGAAUAAAUCUAGAGUGGGAAAUGGAAAAGUUUAUGACGCUAGGUACUUACCUACCUAGCGGCAGUAUGUUUUUAUUUGAUGUAAUAGUAAGAACGUGUGAUAUAUGUUCGACCGUUUUUUUAUCUUUUAUUAUUCAAUUUGCAAUGUAAAGUGUUUCUAAUUCGAAUGAUUAAUUAAACUAUUUUUCAAUGAUCUAA